AGUCCUGUUCUUUUUGUGAGGAGAAACAAAUCCAACCCUCGACUCUUCCUCUGUAACGUCUUCUGCUUUUCACUUGUUCUCUCUCUCUCUCUCUCUCUGUCUCUCUCUCAAAACUUCUCAUCAAGCUAUGGCCGAUGCGUAUUGGAGAUACAGCGAAGCACGGCAGCAGCAACAGCAGGCCAUUCCUACUCUCGUUGGAAAACGUCCUCGCUCAGACUAUGAUGUCCCUAGUGGCCAUGAGCUGCCCAAUUAUUAUCCCCGUGAUGAUGACAGAGCGGCUCUCCGUGCAGUUAGAGAUUCAGAUUCCAUCGGAGUAUCCUAUGAUCGAUACCUUCGUGGCACGCCUAUGUCGGCCUACAGUGGAGGACAGUCUGCUAGACCAAUAAGUGGAGUGCCUAGUCGUCCUGUUGAUGAUUCGCGUGUUGUAGGUAUUGGGAGACUGGACCCAGGGGCUACUGUAAAAGACAGGACAAUGGGAUUGGGAAGUGGCAGACCUGAGGCCCCACUGCCUCCUGAUGCUACCAGUACACUGUUUGUAGAGGGCUUGCCAUCUGAUUGUACGCGACGGGAGGUGUCACAUAUCUUUCGCCCUUUUGUUGGCUACAAAGAAGUGAGACUUGUGAGCAAGGAAUCAAGACGCCCGGGGGGAGAUCCACUAGUACUUUGUUUUGUUGACUUUUUGAGUCCUGCCCAUGCUGCCACUGCAAUGGAUGCCUUGCAAGGUUAUAAAUUUGACGAGCAUGACCGUGACUCGGUCCAUUUAAGGUUGCAAUUUGCUCGCUAUCCUGGUGCGAGGUCAGGUGGCGGGCAUCGCGGAAAACGUUAAAUAAUGCAGUUAUGCAGGAUUUGCGCAAACUGGGGAGGUUAUGAUAAUGAGGGAUGAUACAACAGCGUUGCAGUUACAAGAAUUACACAAAUCUAUGAAUGGACGCCUUCGUUAGGAUGAAAAUGAAUUGUGUUUUUUGAUAAUUAUGGGGCAAUUAGUAGAGACUAUGGUGUGCUUCUGUUAGAAAAUUGCCAAUUUUAUUUGCUUCAGAUUGCUUGAGACUGUGUCCAUAUGCAUUUUGGAAGAUACUAGUAAAUUUAUUUCUAGAUGAGCA